AUGUAUUCCUGGAAGUCAAAAUUUAAGUUUGGAAAGUCAAAAGAAGAAAAAGAGACUAAGCAUAGUGGGUUUUUCCACUCUUCUAAAAAAGAAGAACAACAGAGUAAUCAUGCAACUGUUGGUGAGCAGGAUAUUUCAGUUACGCGUUCAUCUUUAGACAGAAAGGGCACGAUAAAUCCUUCGAAUUCAUCAGUUGUUCCGGUUCGUGUUUCAUGCGAUGCAUCCUCAUCGACCUCUACUGUACGAGAUUCGAACGGUGGAAACACAGAAAACACCAAUACGUCUCAGAAUAUAGAUGAAACAGCAAAUAUUGGGUCUACAGGAACACCUAACAAUGCCACUUCAAGUUCAGGAAUGAUGACUAUUAAGGUAUAUAAUGGUGAUGACUUUAUUUUACCUUUUCCUAUCACUUCGAGUGAGCAAAUACUGAAUAAGUUAUUGGCGUCCGGUGUUCCACCGCCACAUAAGGAAAUAACUCAAGAAGUAGAUGCUCUAAUCGCCCAACUAUCUCGCGUUCAGCUAAAGAAUCAGGGUCCCGCAGAUGAGGAUCUAAUUUCUAGUGAGUCAGCAGCAAAGUUCAUUCCAUCUACUAUCAUGUUACCAGGGUCUACGACUUUAAAUCCUUUACUUUAUUUCACUAUUGAAUUUGAUAACACAGUUGCCACUAUUGAAGCAGAAUAUGGCACAAUCGCUAAACCUGGCUUCAAUAAGAUAUCCACAUUUGAUGUCACCAGAAAAUUGCCAUAUUUAAAGAUUGAUGUAUUUGCAAGAAUUCCGUCAAUUCUUUUGCCAUCGAAGUCAUGGCAACAGGAAAUGGGUUUACAAGACGAGAAACUUCAGACCAUCUUUGAUAAAAUUAACUCCAAUCAAGAUAUACAUUUAGAUUCUUUCCAUUUACCCAUUAACUUGAGUUUUGACUCUGCAGCCAACAUUAGAUUAUAUAACCACCAUUGGAUUACUCUAGAUAAUGGUUUAGGUAAGAUCAAUAUUAGUAUUGACUACAAGCCCUCAAGGAAUAAACCCUUAUCCAUCGAUGAUUUCGACCUUUUGAAGGUUAUCGGUAAGGGUUCAUUUGGCAAAGUUAUGCAGGUCAGAAAGAAAGAUACACAAAAAAUUUACGCUUUGAAAGCAAUUAGGAAAUCAUACAUUGUGUCUAAAUCAGAAGUUACGCAUACGUUGGCGGAAAGAACGGUUUUAGCACGCGUUGAUUGCCCAUUUAUUGUGCCUUUGAAAUUUUCUUUUCAAUCACCAGAAAAGUUAUACUUUGUUUUAGCUUUCAUCAACGGUGGUGAGUUAUUUUAUCAUUUACAAAAGGAAGGGAGGUUUGAUUUAUCACGUGCUAGGUUUUAUACGGCAGAGUUAUUGUGUGCACUAGACAACUUGCACAAACUAGAUGUCAUCUAUCGUGAUUUGAAACCAGAGAAUAUCUUACUGGAUUAUCAAGGCCACAUUGCUCUUUGUGAUUUUGGACUGUGUAAAUUAAAUAUGAAGGACGAUGAUAAGACGGACACCUUUUGUGGCACCCCAGAAUAUUUAGCACCCGAACUAUUAUUAGGUUUGGGCUAUACAAAGGCAGUAGAUUGGUGGACUUUAGGGGUCUUAUUAUAUGAAAUGUUGACAGGGCUUCCUCCUUAUUAUGAUGAAGAUGUUCCAAAGAUGUACAAGAAGAUUUUGCAGGAGCCGCUAGUUUUUCCAGACGGAUUUGAUAGAGAUGCAAAGGAUUUACUGAUCGGCUUAUUAAGUCGUGAUCCAACAAGAAGAUUAGGCUACAACGGUGCUGACGAGAUUCGUAAUCACCCUUUUUUCAGCCAAUUAUCCUGGAAGCGUUUGAUGAUGAAGGGUUAUAUUCCGCCAUACAAACCGGCUGUCAGUAAUUCUAUGGAUACUAGUAAUUUUGACGAGGAAUUUACUAGGGAAAAGCCAAUCGAUAGUGUGGUAGAUGAAUAUUUAAGCGAAAGUGUUCAAAAGCAAUUUGGUGGCUGGACAUACGUUGGAAAUGAACAACUGGGUAGCUCGAUGGUGCAAGGCAGAAGCAUUCGAUAG